AUGCUAGCGCUAGCAGAACUAGUGGCUAUUGUGACUUCUGCCCACGGUUGUGUGGACGAAUGUGUAAGUAUGGGUGCUCAGACCUGCGCUGGGGUGAACUGGAAAAACAAUGUUGUCAGAUGCUUCCUUAAGAAUCCUGGUUUCGGAGAUAAGGUAGCGAAGGAAGGUGUAAACUCUGUGGAUUUAAGCUGUCUCGAGAAUAAUCGUAAAGUUGAUGGUGGAUGGAGUGACUAUGGAGAGUGGUCAGACUGUUCUAAGGAAUGUGGAACAGGAUCCCAGUCAAGAACCAGAACCUGCAAAAAUCCUGCUCCUGCUCACGGUGGAACUGAAUGUGUAGGAGAAAACACUGAGACUCAAGAUUGCAACACACAAAGCUGCCCUGUUGAUGGCGGAUGGAGUGACUAUGAAGAGUGGUCAGACUGUUCUAAGGAAUGUGGAACAGGAUCCCAGUCAAGAACCAGAACCUGCACAAAUCCUGCUCCUGCUCACGGUGGAACUGAAUGUGUAGGAGAAAACACUGAGACUCAAGAUUGCAACACACAAAGCUGCCCUGUUGAUGGCGGAUGGAGUGACUAUGAAGAGUGGUCAGACUGUUCUAAGGAAUGUGGAACAGGAUCCCAGUCAAGAACCAGAACCUGCACAAAUCCUGCUCCUGCUCACGGUGGAACUGAAUGUGUAGGAGAAAACACUGAGACUCAAUAUUGCAACACAGAAAGCUGCCCUGUUGAUGGCGGAUGGAGUGACUAUGGAGAGUGGUCAGACUGUUCUAAGGAAUGUGGAACAGGAUCCCAGUCAAGAACCAGAACCUGCACAAAUCCUGCUCCUGCUCACGGUGGAACUGAAUGUGUAGGAGAAAACACUGAGACUCAAGAUUGCAACACACAAAGCUGCCCUGUUGAUGGCGGAUGGAGUGACUAUGAAGAGUGGUCAGACUGUUCUAAGGAAUGUGGAACAGGAUCCCAGUCAAGAACCAGAACCUGCACAAAUCCUGCUCCUGCUCACGGUGGAACCGAAUGUGUAGGAGAAAGCUCAGAGGCUCAGGAAUGCAACACACGUGACUGUACAGAUUACACGAAUUCAGAAAUAGGGAGAUGCACAAACGUCGGCCAAAACUUACCAGGAACGCACACCUACGAAGAUGGUCUGAGCGGCAUCAAGGGUUGUGUGAACAAAUGUGUUAGUAUGGGUGCUCAGACCUGCGCAGGGGUUAACUGGAAAAACAGUGUUGUCAGAUGCUUCCUGAAGAAUCCUGGUUUCGGAGAUAAGGUAGCGAAGGAAGGUUUGAUGGUGGAUGGAGUGACUAUGGAGAGUGGUCAGACUGUUCUAAGGAAUGUGGAACAGGAUCCCAGUCAAGAACCAGAACCUGCACAAAUCCUGCUCCUGCUCACGGUGGAACUGAAUGUGUAG